AAGAAUGAAGAAUUAACAGAAUGUGCUACACAAGUGGAUGAUACAUCAAUGAUUGAGCAUAUUCACGCAUUGCAACAAGAAAUUAUUGAUACACGUGCACGUGAAGCGGAUAAUGAAAUUACUAUUAAAGAGUUAAAAGUUCGAAUUCAGGAAUUAGAAUUAACAAACAAAAGACUGCGUGAACGACCACCGGAUGAUGGUAUUGCCGGUUUGCAGGAAGAAUUAAUUUCAGUAAAAAUGCGUGAAGCUGAAGCUUCUUUAUCACUCAAAGAAAUGCGACAGCGACUUGCUGAAUUAGAACAACAUUGGACGAAAUAUGUUAGCGGUAGAGUAUUGGAAAAUGGUACUUCAAAAUUAUGUUUGGAAUUGCGUCCAACACCUUCCAACAAUUUUAACUUACAAUCAAAUAAUACUGCAAUUAAUGAUUCGCAAGGAGGUACCACGCCAAAUGACAAAAUAUCACAACAACAGCAGCAGCAGCAGCAACAACAACAACAACAACAACAAACUUCAACGGUAGUACCACAAAGUGCUCGGCAACGUUUAGCUAAAUUAACAGCAACUUUAAUUGGAACUAUCAAUGCUGAAUCAUCAGAUGCUACUAGUCCUUCAGAUUCUGGUUGUAUAACAAUAAAAGAACUUGAGGAUCAAUUAAUGGGUGUACGAAUUCGAGAAGCGGAUACUGUUGCUGAGCUAAAAGAAAUGCGACAAAAAGUGAUGGAGUUAGAAACACAAGUUAGUUUCUCUCAAUUUAUGCAUAAAACUUAA